AUGGCUCCUUCGGCCGCUGGAGUUACCCCGAUCCGUGCGCCCCCCACGGUAGUACCGGAACCACCUGCCCCGACCUGGGUCCGGGAAAGCAAUCUGCACUGGUACCAUCGGUGGAUAAUCCGGGUGCUACAGGCCGGUCCGAUACCGACGCACGUCGCGUUCAUCAUGGACGGUAACCGACGGUACGCGCGGAAAACAAACAUUGCCAAAGCGGAGGGUCAUUCGGCCGGGUUCGAGAAACUGUCCGAAACGCUGCAGUGGUGCCUGGAGGUAGGCAUCAGCGAGGUGACGGUGUACGCAUUCAGCAUCGAAAACUUCAAGCGCACACAGGAAGAGGUGGACACGCUGAUGAAUCUUGCGCGGGAAAAAUUCCAACGGCUGCUGGCGGAACGGGACAAGCUGCAUGAGCGGGGCAUCUGCAUUCGGAUCAUCGGUAACUGGGAUCUGCUAGAACCGGACAUACGGCGUAGCAUCGCGGAAGCGGUACUGCUCACACGCCACAACCGUAAGGCCAUCCUGAAUGUGGCGUUCGCAUACACGUCUCGGGACGAGAUAACACAUUCCAUCCGUACCGUCGCGCAGGCCGUUGGCGAUGGGCAACUCGAACCGGACGACGUCACCGAAGAGCUGCUAACCCGCUGCCUGUACACAAAGUAUUCGGCCGAGCCGGAUCUGCUGGUGCGCACGUCCGGUGAAGUACGGUUAAGUGAUUUCCUCCUCUGGCAGUCGGCUACCUCCGUGAUGUACUUUACCGAAACGCUAUGGCCCGAGUUUACCAUCUGGCAUCUGCUUGGUGCGGUGUUCUACUAUCAACGGGUACGCUGGCAAAUGUUGGACGUGCGAAAAGCGUUAGACCAAUACACACACGACGGUGGUGUAGAAUUGUGCGGCAAGCGAAAGGAACGUAUCGGUCGGUUUUUGGAGUAUGUGGAGCGGCAGGAGGAGCAUCAGCUGGUGCGACUGGUACGGGGGACGGGUAUAAAAUAA